AUGUCCUCUCAACCGGAACACCCUACCCUGCUCAUCCCGGGCCCUAUCGAGUUCGACGAUGCUGUUCUACAGUCUAUGAGCCACUUCAGCGAGUCGCACGUUGGACCCGGCUUCGUAGCAACAUUCGGCGAGACUCUUUCACUCACGCGCAAGCUCUUCCAGACCACCGAUCCCUCUGCCCAGCCUCUGGUCAUCUCCGGCUCUGGCACCCUGGGUUGGGACUUGGUAGCAGCCAACCUCGUUGAGGCCGGCGAGGACGUGCUAGUCCUGAGCACUGGCUACUUUGGCGAUGGCUUUGCUGACUGCUUCGAGACGUAUGGCGCCAAGGUCACAAAGCUUUCCGGUCCCGUCGGCGGCCGCCCUCAACUACCCGAGAUCGAGAAGGCCCUGAAGUCCAAAAAGUUCAAGGUUAUUACCGUCACCCACGUGGACACAUCGACUGGUGUCCUGAGUGAGCUCGAGAAGCUGUCUGAGCUGGUCAAGAGCGUGUCGCCAGAGACUCUAUUCGUUGUCGACGGUGUCUGCAGUGUAGCAUGCGAGGAAAUCCAGUUCGACAAGUGGAAGAUUGAUGGUGUCGUUACAGCAAGCCAGAAGGCUAUCGGAUGUCCCGCUGGUUUGUCGAUAUCCAUGUGGAGCGGGAAGGCCGUCGAGGCCUUCAACGCACGGAAAACGCCUCCUGCCUCAUACUUUGCCUCGUUCAAGAACUGGCUGCCGAUCAUGAGGAACUACGAGGCCAAGAAGCCGUCCUAUUUCGCAACUCCCUCGCCCCAGCUUAUUCACGCUCUGCACACUUCUCUCACUCAGAUCCUGGCAAAGCCCCUGUCUGAGAGGUUCGCAAAGCAUGCCGAGGUUUCAGACAGAAUCAAGAAGAUCGUUACCGAGCUCGGUUUGAAGCAGGUUGCCGAGAAGCCCGAGGAUCAGGCACACGGCAUGACUGCCAUAUACCUACCGGAGACCGUCAAGUCAACCGAGUUGCUGCCCAAGUUGGCAAAGGCCGGUGUCGUUUGGGCUGGCGGCAUUCACAAGGAGAUCGCUCCUAAAUAUGUCCGCUUCGGACAUAUGGGCGUCAGUGUUACGGACCCCAACCGAAAGGAUGUUGACAAGGCCCUCGAUGCUCUACAGAAUGGUCUAUCGGAUCUCGGAUACCAAAAGGCAUAA